UCAUCUUUUUCGCUUCAUGUGCAUGCAUGCACAUGUCGCCUGCUUUAGAGGGCUUUUAGUGCAGAGGACACGUAAGGAUGGUAAAGCGAAAAAGAGGUCGGAGGCAGAUAGUGGAGGUUGCCCUGAAGAAGGAAUCUCAGAAGAGAGGGAGAGAGGGGGAGAGAGAGUGUGUGUAGUGGGGAGAGAAGAUUUUUCUUUUUUUGGUGGGGAAUCCAUGGAAUCCGUGUGCUUCCUUCCUGGCUUCAGGUUCCAUCCGACGGACGAGGAGCUGGUGUCUUUCUACCUCAAGCACAAGAUCGACGGCUCGGAUGGCAGGGUUUGUGUCAUCCCUGAGAUUGAUAUCUGCAAGUGCGAGCCCUGGGAUCUCCCUGCUAAAUCGAUCAUUCCAACCACGGAUCUUGAGUGGUUUUUCUUUUCACCUCGAGGGAAGAAGUAUCCGAAAGGGUCACGUACCAAUCGCGCCACAGAAGCAGGAUACUGGAAAGCCACUGGAAAGGAUCGCAAGGUCAAGUCAGGAAUCAAUCUGAUAGGCAUGAAAAGGACGUUGGUGUUCCAUAGGGGGCGUGCACCCAAGGGAGAACGAACGAACUGGGUGAUGCAUGAAUACAGAACCGCGGAAAACAACAGUUCUGGAGUGCAGGACAGUUUUGUUCUUUGUCGACUUCGACAAAAAGAUGGCACUGAUGGACGAAAAGAACAUAAAGGUCAUAAGCGAGCAAACAAGGUCGACUUGGACCAUGUCGAUGCUAGGAUGUCGUCCCAAGAAGGUGCAUGUAACAGCAAAGCUGGGAAGGCAACUGAAGAAAAAGACAAACAGGACCAGAGUCUUAACCCAAAGUUGAACAAGUCCGACGUAGAUUUGUCAUUCUUUGUAUGGUUAGAUGCCACGGCACCUUCAGUUCAAUCACAACAUUCUGGAGAGUCAUCUCAUGCACAAUUGAAACCUGAAGGUGAAUCCAAGAUUGAGAUUGAUGCUAUUCCUGAGUUGUUAGACUCUCGAAAUGAUGAUGGUACAGACAUAAGCUCCCUAUCAUGUACUCGAGGGGAGUCCAGCUUUAGCUGGCCCGAUGCCAACUCCCGAACUGGUCAAGCGGGAUCGCUUUCAGAUGACUGCUUUGCUGAUAUCAUAAGAGGUGGUGACAUAGUCAAUUUGGAUGAGUACUUCCCACUAGACUCUGUCAAUGUACCUAGGCAAAACAGUGAGACUGGUAUUGAUCUGCAGUUCUGGGACCCAAGGGACAUAGACGCACCACAAACACUUCCAUUCCAAGGGACAGCAGUAAGGAGGAUCCGGUUGCAGAAGCAUGAAUCAGAAGAACUGCACCAUGAAGAAUGGCAGAGGAACGCUGAACACCGCUUUGAACAAACUAGGCAUGAAAUUAGGGCGAGAAAGUUAGUGCAACCACGCCGUCGAUCAAGCUGGACGUGUAACCGUUUGAUUUUUUGGGCAAUCGUAAGCAUGUGUGCAGUGUUCUGCUCUUUUCUGAUGUUAUACAUUAGUGCAGGAAGAAGCUUAACAUGCAAAUGACAAUUAAGCGGAAAGCAAUGUGCAGAACUCCAGAACCAGAGGAAGCUGACUGGAAGUUGUAAUUGAAGGCAUCUGUCCAAGAAUAUGUAAAUUCGGAGGUCUUUCUUAAUUGUACUGUUAGUUACCGCAUGUAGAAAAAGUCCACUAUGUACAAAGAAGCGAACGGUUGCUAGGUAUGAUUGCCAACGCUAACGUGUGUUUGUUGUUGGCGGUUGAGGUAUCUAGCUUGGAGUAUAUGCAGCGGUGGAUAUAAUCUGCAGAUUUUAGCUUUUUAGCGCCUUACCAUCUUAUAUGAGUGGUGUUUAUCAAAGGAUAUUUCAUAGGUUGAUUAAAAUUACUUUAGUGCAAUUAUUGAAAGUUCAGGCCUUUCGCAUUAUUUA